AUGGCGAAGUUAGACGGAGUUAGGCUAGGUAGGGACAAUGGAAGCAGAAGUACGGCGAAGUUUGACGGAGUUAGGCUAGGUAGGGACAAUGGGAGCAGAAGUACGGCAAAGUUAGACGGAGUUAGGCUAGGUAGGGACAACGGAAGCAGAAGUGCGGCGAUGUUAGGCGGAGUUAGUCGAAGGAGGAAGAGGAUGGCCGAGGACUCGGGGAAGUUGGACGAAAACAAAACACCAGUUAGAGUAACUACGCCGAAGUACGCCGUAGUUACACUCCUUUCGACGUCUGCGCCCUCCCGGUUGGGUGAGACAUCGACUCAGGAGCGUCAAGUUAACCGAGGGACGGGUUUUCCCCUUUUCGAGAUUUCCCCACUGGGUUUGCUCAAAAGCGGUUUCUCACCUGUCCAAGUAUGGGAGGAUUUGGAACAAGGACUGGUCCCAGAGGUAGAAAUACCAACAAGUUCUUUGAGAAGUACCAUUUCACAUGAUCUCACUCCUAACACUCCUGCCCCAGACCCGCUGAAUGAAUUAUCGCAGCAGUUGUCACAACUUUUAGCCAUUAUGACAAUGCAACAAAAGGAACAGAAUGCAUUAAGGGAAGAACUGGCUAUGAUGAAGGCUGACCAACAGAACCAACAGCUACCCACCUCAAAAGGGGCAAAUUCAUUCAAAUUCAAGGAAAACAAACCGCGUUUGGAACAGAGACUCACCAGCAACAAACAAGUAGGAAGGACUAGAUGUGCAGAUCCACCAACCUUCAGUGGAGAACGAGGGGAAUUGGACAACUUCUUGGCAGCUUGCCUUAUGAACUUUGAAUUCAAAGGGGCCGAGUAG